AUGAAAUUAAACUAAAAAUUAUUAGAAAGACUAGAUGAGUCAUUAGCGCAAAGUUUUGUUCAAAAAUACUACGAUGAGAAAAAUAGAAAGGUAGCACCAGAGGAAUUUAUCAGUGAUGAUUAUAAAGGAAAUUUUAGAGUAAGACAAGUAGGAGAUAGACAAGAAAACUUAAAGAAAAGUAAAUUUGAUGCUAUGUCUACUGCCACAUCUAAUUUCUAUAAAGAGACAGCAACACCCAAUUCAUCUAAACCUCCUUCUUCAAUUAAUACAUCUAAAUUAUUAGAUUAAAGCAAGAUUUCUUCAUUAAAAUAAUCAAUUAUCUCAAACAGAAUAACAUCAGCAUAACCAUCCAGACCUUUAAUGAUUAAAAAGUUAUAAAAAAAUACAGAACAAAUAUAAAUUGAAUAAAAAGAACAAAAACCUCCAAUUUUUGCAUUAAAAAGGCUAUCAUCAGCAAAAUAGUAGUAAUAAGAUGAAGAUAAAUUAAUUAUUUAGAAUUAAGAAUAAAGUCUUAAUAAUUCUAUAGUUAAUAAACCUUCAAUAUUAAGGAGAUCAUCAUUGACAUCACAUGGAAAAAAAAUUGAAUUAAAAAAAGAAGAAGAAGUAGAAACAAAGAAAUUAUCUCUACCAAAAUAACAAGAAUCUCAAAUCUCAGAACCAGUGUUUUAAUUAUAAAUAGCAAAAAGAAAAAUUGAUGAUAUGAUUUAUGAUACAAUGGAUAUAGAUACAUUAUCAGAGAUAACAAAAAAAAAUGAAGUACUUAAUAUAAUUUUAAAUAUUUAGAGUUAAUUUGAUUAAAUCAAAUCAAUACAAUUUAGAUUUAAUACAAUGAAUGAUUCUCUUUAUAUGUUAGGAGAGUACUUAUAAAAUUUAUAAGAAUUAAAAUUAAAUCAUUCUUAAAUUGAAUCAUUGAGAUUAUUAGGAACUAAGUUAAGAAACCUAUAAGUACUAUGGAUAAGUAAUUCAAAAUUAACUGAUAUUUCAGGUAUAAUUAAUAUAAUUUAUUUCUAUAAGGAAUUAUGAGUAUGCCAAAUCUUGUAGAAUUUUAUUGUUCAUUUAAUAAUAUAAAAGAUAUAAGUCCAUUAGCCUUUCAUGAAAAGAUAUCAAUUCUAGAUAUUGAAGGUAAUGAAUUAGCUGAAGAAUCUUAAAUUGAUUAUCUAGAAUCUUUAAAUCUACAAUAAUUAAUAAUAAGUUCAAACCCAUUAAUUAGAGAAGAUCAUUUGAGAGAAAAACUAUAUGAAAAAUUGCCAGCUACUGAAAUUUAUAUUGAUGAUAAUGAUAUACCAACAGAAUCUUAAUUUAUUUCAGAAACAAAUUAAAUUAAAUAACUUUAUGAUAUAGCUGAAAUGAUGGACUCAAAAUUUGAUGUAUUUUUAUUAAAUCACUCUUAGCUUAUAAAAGUAGAAGAAUUGAAAGAUCUAGAAGAGAAAGUCAAAUUUUAAUUAGAUAAAGAUCUUUUAGAAGAACCAGAUGAAAAUAGAUUGUUGAGUUUGUCUAUAAAGUAAAAACCUUUAGAAAAGUCAAAGUUAAAAAGACCAUAAACUGCUUAAGUUCAAUAAAAUUAUACUGUAAGAAUAUUAUAAAACAUUAAAGCCUGAUCCUACAUCAGAAUUAGUUGGAUUAGAUGAAGCAUUUGCAGGAAAUCCAAUAAAAGCAGCUAAAAAAUAUAAAUAAAAUAAAGAAUAUAUUUUCGAUCCAACAGAUAGAAAAAGUAUUGACAUAUAAUCUUUAUUAAAUAAGUUCAAAUGAG